CGGCCGAGCAACACACGCCUUGGUGAACAGAGGAGCCGGCGUCAUGGUCUUCCUGAGUGCGCCGCUCUGGCUGCGGAACCGCAUCACCGACCGCUACUGGAGGGUUCAGGAGGUGCUGAAGCACGCGCGGCACUUCCAGGGGAGGAAGAAUCGGUGCUACCGGCUGGCCGUCAGGGCUGUGACGCGAGCGUUCGUGCGAUGCACGCGAGCCCGCAGUCUGAAGAAAAGGAACCUGCGGACGCUCUGGAUUAAUCGAAUUACAGCUGCCUCCCAGGAACAUGGUCUGAAAUACCCAGCAUUCAUCCUCAAUUUGAUUAAGUGCCAGGUGGAGCUCAACAGGAAAGUACUUGCAGAUCUAGCCAUCUAUGAACCAAAGACUUUUAAAUCUCUGGCUGCUUUGUCCAAAAGAAGGCGAGAAGAAGGAUUUGUUGCUGCCUUGGGGGAUGGGAAGGAGCCUGAAGGAAUUUUUUCCAGGGUGGCACAGCACCACUGAGGGGACGCUGAUAGCAACGGCCCUUUGAGCAUCCUCCUGUGAUGAUAAUACUAAAAUAGGGACUACAAGUUAUUUGUCAACAGUGUGUAGGUUUGACUUGCAUUUGUGUUAAUUUACAUGUCAGUUACAGGCCGGAGAGAAAAGGACUUGUCUUGCCUCAUUGACACAGGUUCAGAAAUUUCACAUGGAUUGUGUAAAUAAAGUUUCUGUGGUGUUUG